AUGCAAAACCAAGAAAUGCAAACCGGUGCGAGUGAGCUGGAGCCGUCCGGACAAGUUGCAGGCCUUCGCGGACUGGGGACGCUGAAGGAGCACAAGGCGGGGAGAGGGCAAGGUAAAGCCCGCAGAGGAACGCAUGGGUCUGGGCUGCUCUCUCGGAUCUCAGCAGAUCACAGCGGAUCACAUCGGAAGCUCCAGCAGCAGAUCCGGAGAAGGCAGACCCGGGCGCAGGGAUACAGCCAUGCCGCAGUGCCGCUUUACAGGCUGCGCGCCUCCUCCUCGGCGCAAAGAAGUGCUGUCUGUGCUCUGGACGCGCGGCACAGGGAGACUACAGUGUGUGUGUGCACCGAGCAGACCGAGCGGGCUCCCACACAACUGCACGCGUUCUAA